UGGGGGGUUGUCGGUUUGUUGAUCCGGUGAAAGGGCGGAGGGCUUGUGCCCUUUGAUCCUGGCUGUGAUGCGCCAUGCCACCAGCCGUGCCUGGACCAUACCGGAUGAGACACGCUCAGGCAUCACACGGCAAAUGCGCCGUGGAUGGACGACGAUCUCGGGUGCGUACAACUGGACCUCUGACCUCUUCAAAGAUGAGCAGAGCAGUGAAGAGAGCCCGGAGAGCAGCAGUGCGUCAGACUCAGAGGAGCACUUUUUCAAGAGCUCCGCCUCCAGCUGCAACAAUUGCUGGGAAUUCCGUCGCCACACGGCUUUGGCUCGUGAGGGCGAGAGAGCUUACCAGCUCUCUCUCAAGGGUGGUCCUAGGCCACAACGCUUGCCGGAUGGCACGUGGGUUCCGGCGCGCUUCUGGGGCGUCCAUCGUCGAGAGCUACGGGCGUUGUACGUCCAAAGUUCCAACGAUGAGAUGUGGCAGGAUGACUUGGACGUCACCAGCUUUGUCAACCACUUCGUCAGGCCACAGACGGAAGGGACCGAGAUGGGCUACGCGUUGAUGGUGCAUCAAGAUGACCCACAAGAGGUGAACUUGAUGAUCUCCCACGCCUGGGUUGAGAAUGCCAAGAACUUUUUCGAGGACGUUCUGCAAUCCAUGUUUCACAGCGAGGUGGCCUUCAUUUGUUUCCUCUCCAACUUUCAAGGAACCGCUCAGCAGAUUGAUGCGCAGUUGGGCAAUGACAUUUUGCGCAGCCCCUUCACGCAAGUCAUCAAUAGCGCGGCAUGUCAGCGCUUGCUGGUGGUGCCGAAUGAAGAGCUGAGAUCCAAUGGCCAGGGCUUGUACAGCCGGCUUUGGUGCAUUUGGGAGAUCAAGGUGGCGGCGGAUGCUGGACUGCCCAUCAUGAUUCUCCCACAUCGGAGCUCAGGUGAGCACCUGCUGGGCCAGUCGAUCGUGUCCUCUCGCAAUGCGCGUUGUGGCAAUCCCCACCAGCCCAUGAACAAGGAUGAGACUCUGAUUCGAGAGGCUAUUGCCAACAUGCCCCCAGAGUCGAAUCGAUCAUCGGCCAUUGCCUUCUUUGGCAUUUGCUUUUGCACCAGCUAUGGUGCUGUCAUCGGUGGAGGCGUGGCACAAGGCCUGAGGGAGGAGGCCCAAGAAACUCACGUUCGGCCCUCCAUUUGGACGGCAGUUCGUCCCAGCCGUGACACGACACGUUUGCCGCCGAAAGACUUGCAGCCUGAGGGAGACGUGGCGAAGCGCGAGGCCACGUGGCGUGCCUGCCGGACGGUGGAGGGUCGCCUCAGAGAUGUCCGUGCGGACCUUGACUCACAGCCGCCCUCCUCCCUGGCGGCCGACGUGGACGUGGCCCUGCGCUUGCUGGCGGACCGGCGGCGCGAAGCCUGUGAAGCUAAGGCCAUGGCCAAAGCUAGAGCUGGCCGACCUGUUAGUCGAGCUGUGCCCCCGGAGUGGGAUCCGGCACUUCGCAUGGAGUUGCGGCACCAAGCCCUGGCGCAGCGACCGCGCCGUGCACGCCUCGCGGCACCCAAACCUCCAGCAGCCGGUCCUCGACGAGGCCGUUCUGCCACAGCAGCCACGGCAGCGGCCAUGAGCCGAGUCCGGCCGCUGCGGCCAGUACCGCGUGUCCAGAGUCGCGAGGUGGAUUUCAAGGGAAAGCUCUAUGCGUUUCUCGUCACAUUAGACGACUGGAAAGCGCCACUGAACGAUGGGAGCUUUUCCCCUCUGCCGGACGAGUUGGCAGAUCAGCAGGACAUCGUCCAGUUCGCUUCGGCCAUUUUUGUGGCCAAUGAGGGCGAGGCCUUUACCGUGAGCAUCAUGCGCUUGGGUCGCCUCGAGGGGGAGGUCCGUUGCAACUACCGCACGGAGGAGUCCUCGGGGAAAGCCGGGCAGCGCUACGAGCACGUGGAGGGGCAGUUGGUGUUUCCCAGUGGAGUCUACGAGCAAAGGAUCGAGAUUCCCAUCUUGGAGUCGCCCUUGUGGAGCGCCACCUUGGAGUUUAAGGUGGUUUUGGAAAGCCCUAUGGGCUGCCAGCUGGGCAGGUACUUGAAGAUAUGUCGAGUCAAGGUCAUUGAUCAAGACUCCUUUCCUUCGAGCUACUAUGCCGAGCAGAUUGCAGAGAACGUCGAAGAUGUCCGGCAAACCGGGCUUUUCAUCGAGUAUGUGAAACAUAUACUGGAGCAACCUGGAAACACCUGGAGGUUUAUGAUCACUUUGCUCUUCGACCAACUCAAAAACCUCUAUGUUUGGUUCACCCUCACCUCCUCAGUGUACAUGGUCAACGUGGUCUUCGACCACGAUGAAGGGCGUCGCUCGGAGCUUUUGAUCCCGGAGGAUCCGGCCAAGACGGCCCAGGUCAUCGGGCUGUUGUACGUGCUCUCACCCUUGCUUCUCCAUGUUUGGAAGGUGGUCAGGGUGAACCUGGACCUCAAUGGCCGCAGCAAAGUCUAUUUGCAGACUUCUGUGAUGCGGAAGUACAUGAACUUCAGCGACGAGUCCCGCGAGGCCGUGACACAGCCAGAGCUGGUGAACACGGUGAUGAAGAAGACGGAGGACCUGGCAGGGGGCAUUAGCGAAGUCUCAGCUUUGCUGGAAACCUUGGGCAAACUGGUGAUGCUGAACUCUUUCGCAAUCUCCAGCAACCCAGACAUGACCUGGGCAGUCGUCACCAUGCCUGGUGUCAUGCUCUUGUGGUCUGUGAUACGGGACAGCGAACUCAUUUGUGAAGCACCUCCAGAGCCAUCAAAGAAGCUGCUCACGAACUUUGUGGCAGAUGUCAGCAAUAGCUAUCAAAUCAUCGCUCAUUAUUUUCAGCGCCCGACCAUGAACGAGAAGUUCGCCGCGCGUGCGGAGAAGUUCAACGACGACGAGAUUCCGGAGCGACUCUACAAGAUGAACAGCGAAUUCUUUUUCAGCUGGCUUGGCCCUUUGUUUGUGGGGCUCUACAUGGCUUUUUACUCGCCCUUGGUGCUUUCCAAAGAGCUUCCUUUGGGCACCUUUCUCGCAACCAUCAGUGUUUUCAAAGAAGUCAGUUCCAACUUCGAGGACGGCUACAGCGGACUGAAGAAGGUCAUCUCUUGCUUCGAACCUUUGGUGGACUUGACCGUCUUCCUCAAUCGCAAGACGGAUGUCCCCUUACUGAAGAGUUUCGUGGACUACCGCGUGGAAGAGACGAUCCAACGCCGUCGCCAACUGAUGUCCCUGCCACAAACUAGCCUGGAUGAGGCAGACUUCCGCACCGAUUUGAUCCCCAUCCGCUUGGAGAAUAUCGGCUUGCAGCUGGAUCACUUGGACGAAAACAAUCUCUUCCCUGACGGUCAGCGGCAUCUCUUUCGCGAGAUCAACCUCACCGCAGCGCAGGGCAAGUUGGUGGCCGUCAAAGGCCCCGCCGGCAGUGGAAAGUCCAAGUUGCUCAGAAUGCUCGCUGGCGAUGCAUCCCCCAGCUGUGGCACUGUCCUGAUCCCUUCUCACUUGCGAUUUGUCUUCGUGACUCAUCAAGUCUUCAUCAUGGACACCACCCCGCUGCAGAAUCUCUUCUUUGGUGACCCGGACCAAGUGGCCAGCGCGGAGGAGAGGCACCGCAUGCUUUGGAUCCUGGACAAGCUCCAGAUGCACACCACUCGGCAGCUGGCGGAGUUGGAGAUCUCCAUGCUUCAGGAGCCUGAAGAGCUGGAGGAGGAGAAUGGACCUUGUGGGUGUUGUUAUGACAUCGAAGAGGCACCGGAUCCUUCCGAGCGCUUUAUGCGACCGCCCGAUGGCUCCAAGCUGGCUCGGCAAGUGCAGAAGAGACUGGCGGGGUGGCACAACUCCUUAAGCUUUCAAGAGAAAGCCAAGCUUCACAUGGCACGUGCCUUGAUUAUGAACCCCGAGAUUCUAAUACUGGAGAAGCCAUUGAUGAAUGUGGAUGAACGGGAAUCUGAAAAUGUCAUGGCAGUGCUCCGCGAGUAUGUGUCCAACCGUGGCGUCGCGAUGCCAGCAGAGGAGCGCGACGGUCGGAGGCCGAGGACUUGCUUUUUGAGCGUCGAGCGCUCCACGGAAAUUCUGGUGGAUGCAAUUUGGGAGUUUAAAAAUGGCCGCUGCCAAGAGGCUCCAGCGCAGCCCAAGAAGGGCGGUGCCAAGGCGGAGGCGAAGGGCCCUCCACCGGCCCUCCAGGGCUAUCCUAUGACUGAGGUGCCUGAGAUAGAGGAGACCAAGAUAGCAGAGCUGCAAGCUGAGGUUGAGAAAGCUAAAAAGGAAGUGGAGAGAGAAGCGCAGGUGAUCCGUGAGCUGCGUCAAGCUGAAGGCCUGCGUGAGCAAAAGGCACAAAUGCUGGAAGACCUCACUGGUCAAUUGCAGCAAGUUCAUGAGGAAAAGGCGGCGGCCUGCCAAGAGCGUCGCAAGGGUGCCGCGGCCAAGCUGGGCUGGUUGCUGGAGGUGGCGUGGCAGAGGUGGCGUGGCACAGCUUUGUGGCAAGCAGUGCGUCAUAUCGCUGAGCAAGCAAAGUCGCUCCAACGGAAAGAACGGGUGAUCGCUCGAAGUCAAGCAGUUGCAGCGCUGUCCAGCUGCUUGCUCUUGUGGCGGCAAGUAAGCGCAUCCAGCCGCGCGGAGCGCGCCGCGCAGCAGCACUUGGAGGAGCUCCAGCGGCUCCAGCUGCGAAGUGCGCAGGCGCACGCGCAGCUGGCGCAGCGGCAGCUGCGGCGAAGCUGUUUGGCGUGGCGUUUGGAGGUGCGACAGAGGCAGGAGGACCGGAAGAAGGCAGAGAUGGCACAGAAAGCCACAGCUUUCAUGGCCUCCUUGCCAUCCUCAGCAUCAUCCGUAGCUGCUCCUGCUCCUCCAGUCGAGUCGGAUGUUGCGAUUGGGGAAAACGACGGAGCUCAGGCAGCUCAGGCCAAACCGCGCGCACGUGCAAAGUCAUGUCCGAAGAUCCUACUGGAUCUUGAGCAGCGGGCAGAAGAGCGCCGGAAGUCACAGGCAGAACGACGUCGGCGGAGGAACUCGCAGAAUCCGCCGGAACCGGAGCCGACCCAUCCGCCGCACGUGCCACUCACUUCGGCACCCGCGGCACCCGCGGCACCGGAAUCUCAGCUGGAGGGCAGUGAAGCGAGUGCAGCUGCCACUGAAGGCGCAGAGAUCUCGGUGGCACCACCUGCGCCUGCAACAGGGCCUUCGACAGUGCCGGCAGCCAAAGCGAGACCAAGGGCAUUGAUUGAGAUGGAAAAGCGCGCCCUGGAGCGACGGCAGGCGCAUGAGCUGCGGCGGCAGCAGCAGAAGCAGAAAGAAGAGGAGCGCCGGCAGAAGCAGGCAGAGGAGGAGCAGAGGCAGCGAGAGGCCGAAGAGGAGGCCAAGCGCGAGAAGAUCCGCAUGCAACGGCACCAGCAGCGGGAGCAACAGCGACUCAAGGCGCAGAAGUUGGUCGAUGCAGCAGUACGCAGAGACAAGGUACAUUCGAGUUUGGUGCCUCGUUGA